AAUCGCGACGACGUCGUCGAAAAGGUGUGUGGAAAAAACCUCUACCACUGCGCUGCGAGCGAAAGACGAAAAAGAACAGCUAGUGAAACGGGUCAUUCGUCGUGGAAAAAAAUGUUUUAAUCCUUCGUCGAGCGGCCUGGAAUCGGUUUCGGCAGUUCCGCGUAGUGGCAAACCCCUUCGUCGGAAGUUCCGUCGUCUGUUCGUUGCGUUCGGGAGUGUUUCGAGGUGUCGAGGGCUGCUUCCAGCUUUACAUUUUUCUUUUCUUUCUGCUGUCGUUCCAUUUUGGCGAGAGUGUAGUGAAAACGCGAAGAAAAACCGCUCCCCUCGGGUUCCCUCCGGUAGCGUCUCGGCCGCCCCGUGCGUCGUCCGUCCGUCGAGAGUUUGGUGUGUGCAUCAUCGUCGUUCGAAACUUCGCCGUCUGAUCUCUCAUCUCGUUGGGGUUGGGGUCGGGCACACUGCAGCAGCAGCAGUGCAGGACGGGGCUCUUUUUGGGAGUCUUUUUUUCCUCGGUGGUGGAACAGUGAAUGAAACGCACGAAUUAGAAGAGGGCAGUGGUGGUGAAAAGAAAAGGUGAAGACAGAAGCCAACAUCUGAGAGUCCCACUGUGUGUGGUGCGUCAGCAGCGAUUCUCCGCUGCUGCUUUUCCUCCCGCUUGCUGCUGGCCUGUUUCUGUGCUACGCUUCUUUUUAUUCCUAAUCACCCCGCCGCCUCCCCCUCCCUCCCAGUUUCGCUGUGGUACAAUACGGUGUUGUGUGCAUUUCACGGGGGGAGGAUUCGAGGAUACCUGAAAAAAGAUCCAUCAGCUGUAGGAAAUUCGUGUGGAUUACUCUGGUCGCUGCCCGCUGUUGCUAGGAAAUUCCUAUCCACACGAACACAAUGGAAAUCAUUAGUUCGACGACGUCGCAAGUCAAUGGAAUCACCACAACGACGCCCCGAAAGAAGGAUAUCGAUCCGAAGGAGAAUCUCUGGUCAGCGAUUCUCAGCGAAGUACAAACACAGAGCAGUACCAAACUUCCCUCAAAUAAAUCAGUGCUCGUGCUGGGUGACAAUGCGAGCGGCAAAACGACACUGAUUGCAAAGCUGCAAGGCGUGGAGGAUCCCAAAAAGGGUUCCGGCCUUGAGUAUGCCUACAUAGACGUUCGGGACGAAUACCGAGAUGACGUCACCCGGCUCGGAGUGUGGAUACUGGAUGGCGAUCCCGGGCACACCAACCUGCUCAAGUACGCACUGAACGAAUCCAACUACGCACACACACUGGUCAUUCUGACGCUAUCGAUGACGACACCGUGGAGCUGGGUGGACCAGCUCGAGCACUGGAUCAAGAUGCUGGACGAUCACAUAGCGGGGCUGAAAAUUGAUCCGGAGGAACGACAACAGUGCCGCCAGAGGCUGGUAACGGUGUGGCAGAGCUAUUGCGACACGAUCGACGAACUGGACCCUGGGUCCCCCAUCAAGCGAACCAAUCGUCUCUCGUCGGUGGACGACGACCUGGACGCGCUUCCCCUCCCCGAAGGUGUACUAACGACCAAUUUGGGCUUAGAUGUAGUAGUUGUUGUAACGAAAACCGACUAUAUGACCACCCUGGAGAAGGAGCUCGACUACCGGGAUGAGCACUUUGACUUCAUGCAGCAGUGGAUCCGUCGGUUCUGUCUGGUGUACGGGGCGUCACUGUUCUACACCAGCGUGAAGGAGGACAAAAACUGCGACCUGCUCUACAAAUACCUAACGCAUCGAAUCUACGGGUUGCCGUUCCGUACACCGGCGCUCAUCGUCGAGAAGGAUGCCGUUCUAAUACCCGCUGGCUGGGACAAUAUGAAGAAAAUCAACAUAUUGUACGAAAACAUGCAAUCGUGUAAACCGGAUGAUUACUACAAUGAUAUUAUUGCACAACCGCCUUCAAGAAAGACUGUGUCCAAUCGCGAGAUUGAAGUUCAGACCGAGGAGGAGCAGGCAUUCCUCAGCCGGCAGUUGCAGCUGUUGCAGCAGGGCCAGACGCCGACGCGCGGCGAGUCGCCGAUGCGGUCGCAGAACAGUGCGGGCAAAACGUCCCCGCGGACACCCGGGUCGGCCGGUGCGCAAGGAUCUCCGAAAAAGGUCGACGGCAAGCUCAACCCAGGCACCCCCAGCGGCGAGGGCGUCCUGGCGAACUUCUUCAACUCGUUGCUGCAUAAAAAGUCCGGCUCGCCGGCGGCCGCGCCCAGUUUAGCGGGGGGCACCGGCGUAUCGCCGCGGGCGACCAACGGGGCCGGCGACGCCCUAGUGACGGCCAGCGAGAAAAUUUCCAUGCGAACUGACGCUGCCAUGGAGUUGGACCGUUUGACGCGUAGCGUCAAGAAGGACCUCGACUUUCCAGCACAGACCGAUUGUUAAAUAGUGUAGAGUGAUGAGUAAUGAGGAGGAAGAGGAAAAAAACUGUGGCUACGAUAUCGAACCACACACACAUACAUGGCGGGCACACAUACAACACAGAGACAUGUUCACCCACCCCAAGCGGUGAUAUAACUCCCUCGAUCAGGGGAAGGGGGAAAUCUGUGCAGCGUCGUGCGUGAUACUUCGGCUUUGAUUGGCUUAAAAUAUCGCAGAAGAGUAGUGAGAUGUGGGAUGGUGUUACAGCAUGCGAGGAACGGGACGGGCAACGGAAUGGAACCAGGAUUGAAACGUAACCAGGAAUGGAUGAGGAUGAUAAAUGGUAAGGUAUUGGUGAGACCAAGCUGGAGUGCAUGUCGAUUCUAUACUACUCUUUUUUGGGAUGGGCAAAAGCAACAUGUGUGUGUGAGUGUUGUGGCGAAAUUGCUUAUCGGAAACCACUUUUUAGUAGGUAAGAUAGAGCGAGAUUAAGUUGAUAGAGAAAGUUUAAUAAAAUCAGCUGAAAAGAUAUAAUUGGAUGAAUGCGUCUCUUUCUGCUUCCGCGCUGUCGGUGCUGUUUUCUGAGCCGGUUCAGCUAUACAAGGCCAAAAGGACAAAUGGUUGGAAGUACAGACUUGGUCGGCUCCGAUAUAUUUCAGGAAAAAAAAUAGCAAAUAGUUUUUGCCGAAUUUCUGUAGAAAAAUGGUCUACGAUCUAAGAAAGAUAGCUAGUAUAUUGGAAAUUCGUCUCUACCCAAGUAACAAACUUGUCACAGAAGAGUCACGGCGUCCCAUGGGAUUCUUUUAACGAUUCUGUAGAAAUACCACCAGAAAAUGCAUUCAGACAUAUCCCUAGAAAUUUUACCAGGGAUGUCUGAAGGAUUUGUCCAAGAAACACUCAAUGAAAUACAACAGAACAUUGUUCCUUCAUGGAUAGAGUUCUGCAAUAAUAUCUCUAUGAAUUCGUUUGAGAAUUUUCGAUGUUAUUCUACAUUUGGAACCCAUUCAUAAGUUGCAAAAAAUCCUUCAAAUAUUUCUCCAUAUUUUUUUCUGAAAUCCCCUAAAAAGUCUUUCAAAACAUUUUUACUAAAACUUCCGUAAUGCUCGUUAUUAAUUCUUCUUAAGAUUCAUUUUUGGAGAUUUCUUCAAAAAAUCCAUCUAAGAUUGCGCCUGGAAACUUGUUCUGAAACUCUUUCAGAGACUAUGUCAGGCAUUUACCCAGAGAUUUCUGCUGGUAUCGGUCAUUUAUAAUAUAUUACUAUUCAGUUUCACUAACCUAACAGUAAUCCAAAAAUAGUUUCCGAAAUACAUAUCCACACAUGACUAUUUUCGCUUGAGAUCGGAAUAUUCAAAUGUCAAAGUCACGUGAAAUUUGUGAUAACUAACAGCAUUGGCUGACAUUCGUACAGCAGUUUUUCCCAGAGAUUUUUUUUCGCGAACUCUUGCUAAGAUUGCUCAAGAAAUUUCUGCGCUGUUGUUUUCUGGAGUUCCACCCCUGUAUUAAUUUUGUUUUAUUCCAUAGCACGAAUCAAUGCGUUGAACAGCGAAUCGACCUUUUAUCAUAGCCGAUCAAGUGUAUUUGUAGAACUCAUCAUCAUAGUAGAUUUAUACCUUAAAGCAUCGAUCCGCGGACUGCAGAAAGAGUCAAAAGUAUCCCUGAGAAAGAAUGCGUAACACAAGUGAGAUAGAGAGAAAGAGUAAUACCCUACUAUUAAUUAAAGAUAAAAGAAAAAAAACUAACUUAUAUCGAAUUGAUGAUAAUUUGCAGCUUAGAGAUGGUUAAAUAAUUAAAACAUAACUUAUAGAACAAAAAAAAACAUUUACCCAUUAUAAUUCCUCAUUGAACAAAAUCAAAAAAAAAAAAGAGCAGAAGAAAGAUAAUGCAGAUCAAGCUAACCGCAAAAAGAGCGUCUUUCCUAAUUUUGUCCAUUUGUUGUUUUAUCGAAAUACGUUGCAAUCCAGAAAUGGGCAGAAUCUUUUUUGUAAUAAUCCGUUUCACACUUUUAUGCUUUUUAAGUUUUGAGUUCCUUAUUUUUCGCCCCGAAACUGAAAUCGUACUGUGUUUUUACGAAACAAGCUGUUUUCCACGCAAGUCCCAGUACCGGUUUUUAAUAGGAAGUAUGAAAAGUAGGGUUGGGAGCAACCGACAAUGUGCAGUAUUCGUAAAUGUUACUCCGAAGAGCAUCGUGUGAGGAAUCCGCCUCUUAUGCACUGUCCAUUAUUGUUUAACAGCUGAUUGCCGGCUUGGUUUUGUUGUAAAAAUUUCCAAUUAGCUGAAAGAUGCAGUUUCGUUUGUUCGUAUGUUAGUUUAGAGCGAAGAGUGAUUUUUAUCGAUUUUUUGUUGACCGCAAAGAAUGUGUUUAUAGAAGAUUUGUGCGUUUCUGGAGCCGAGCAAGCGAUCAUACCAAUUGUUCUUAUUUAUGCAAAUUUAUAACAUAGAGGAAUACAACAUUAUAUCGCGACGCCGAUCUAGAGCGUAGCUGCCAACCGAUAUCGAACGGGGAACGCUGCUACCUAAUACCUAACACACACACAACAGACGCAGCACAUGGAACACAACGGUUUUCCUGAUAGGAAAAUCUAAUAUAUCUGUAGCAAACACUUACUAACCUAAUACUGACAUUCUCAAGUGCAUCGAGAACAGCGCCGCAGGAAGAGAGGGAACCAAUUUGGUCUUAUACUGUGAAGAAUAAAAUCAAGACACUGCUAGGGUAGUGUAAAAUGAAUUAUUGCAAAAAAGGGAA